CAAGUAACCCUUUCGCCUUAUCGCGACAAUGAUUUAACAUCUUGGACAUUCUUCCGCGGGGUUCGCUAGAUCAAGAACCGAAUCUCCUAUAUGCCACCUAUCUAGGCCAAUUACAUCUUUUGCGCAACAUCGGCGGCCGUAUAAACCCUGGAAUCUUGUUAUCAAGCUUGCAAUAGAUCUCGGUACAUGCCUAAAAAGUCGGAAUGUAACGUUGUCACGAUUAGAACGCCGAUCGAGCGGGCGAGGUAUCGCGGACCUGAGGGCCGGCACGAAUGAUUUGAGUUUUGGUAUAUAUUACUCAUUACACAUGACCAAUUGUUAUGUAAGGACCCGGAAACGAAAAGUGAAGUAAUCAGCGACAAUGGUGGUGGGCUAUAGGACUCUUACCAGUCUUCUCUCUUGUGUGACGGUGUUUGCCGCGGCGUCACGGCUUAAGCCGUCCGGGUUACAAUCUAUCCCGCUUGACCUAUCACCGUUCUACAACAAUAAAGCCUUUGGAACAUAUCCAGGCGAGACCUCCUUCGAUACGUUAGGCCAAUCAUAUCCCGCACCUGAUCUAGACACGCCCUACUACACCUCGAGCUACACAGGUCUAGUAUACUCGUUUCCGGGAUAUACCGGGCCCAACAAGUCGGACAACGUUAUAGUCGAUGGUCAAACUAUAGCCGUGCCCGCCGGGUCAUACUUCUCGGCUUCGUUCCUGAUCUCCGAAGAUAAGGAGCUAGCUAUCGUGUCAGGGAACGUGACUUUCACGUACACCGAUAAUAGCACGUCGGUGUACGAACUACGCUCCCUGGACUGGUUCAGCUUCCUAACCAUCAAUCGGGGCGAACUGAUCUUCCCAAGUCGCUUCACCGCGACCGGUGUGGAUUAUAACACCAGCCACAUCUUUGAACGCACAGCGGCGCUAAGUCCCGGCAAGGAAUUGCGCGCAAUAUCUUUGCCAGAAGCGACUAGCGCAGACGAUGGCAGGCUGCACGUAUUCGCCAUCUCGUUAUGGACCGGGGGCUCAGCGGUAGAUGUGCAGUCUGUCCGCCCGACUCAAAAAUGGAUCAGCAGCGGCGUGCAAGCAGUCGAGAUAACGCUGAACAAUGCGGGAUCCGAAUGCGUGGCGGGUGAUGGCUUGAAUUUGACCCUAUUAGGGGAUGGUCUUCAGACUGCUGGAAAAGGAUAUCUGAAGCGCCUAUGCCCGGGCGAUCAAAAAAUCGUGACUAUCGGGGUAGAAUCCACUUCCUCAGCCGUAGUAAAUGUCUCCGUGAUCCUAGACUACGCUGGCAGUCAACGGACAACCGAGUUCGACAAUAUCCAGUUUGGGUUGACAGAAUGGACGACGGACCUAGACAACCUCGCAAAGCACGAGAGCCCAGAAUGGUUCAACAACGCCAAAUACGGGAUAUUCAUCCACUGGGGUCCGUACGCCGUUACGGGAUGGGGUAACUCGUCGCCAUACGAAAGCUACGCAGAAUGGUUUUGGUGGUACUCGACACAUCACCCCCAAGCCGACCCCUCAGACUUCUACGACUACCGGCUGCGUACUUACGGCAAAGACUGGGCAUAUGACGACACCUUCCCAAACUUCACGGCGUCGGCCUACGACCCGAAAGCGUGGGUUGAUCUGAUCGCCGAUGCCGGCGCCAAGUACUUCGUGAUAACCUCGAAACAUCACGACGGCUUCUCGCUCUUUGACGCCGGCUCAUCCAGCAACCGGUCCGCACUGCACUAUGGACCGCAGCGCGACGUGCUAGGCGAGCUAUUCGACGCGGCCGCCAAGUACCAGCCGCAGCUAAAGCGCGGGACCUACUUCUCGCUCCCCGAGUGGUUCAACCCGGACUUCGGGCCAUACGGCUUCGACCAAUUCGACCCGGCCACCGUGCCCGGGACCAACAGCUGGCCCGGGGUCCAGGCCACGAACCCGUACACGGGCGCCGUAGAGCCGUACACCGGACGCAUCCCGGUCGACGACUUCCUGACGGACGUCAUGCUCCCGCAGAUGGACACGCUGGCGUACGACUACGGCACGGACAUCAUGUGGUGCGACUGCGGGGCCGCGAACGUGACCGCGACGUUCGCCUCGUCCUGGUUCAACGCCGCGCGCAAGCAAGACCGGCAAGUCGCCAUCAACAGCCGGUGCGGCGUCCCCCAGGCCGCUGACUUCGAUACGCCGGAGUACAUGCGUUUCGGGUCGGCUCAGCGGCGCAAGUGGGAGAGCAACCAGGGCAUGGACCCGUAUAGCUACGGGUACAACCAAGCGACGCCGGCGUCCGCUUACAUGAAUGCGACUACCUUGAUCUACACGCUAGUGGACAUCGUGUCGAAGAACGGGAACCUGCUCCUCGAUGUUGGGCCACGCGCCGACGGAACCAUAGUGCAGGCCGAGGUGGACCGGCUGCGCGAGGCCGGGCGCUGGAUCAAGAGCCACGGGGAGGCGGUGUUCGAUACGACGUAUUGGUUUGUGCAGAGCGAGAUCGAGGGGGGUCCCGACGUGAGGUUCACGCAGGCGGAUGGGGCGUUCUACGUGUUGUUUUUGGAACGGCCGGCGGUGGAGGAUGGGGUUGUUAAAGUUGCGGCGCCGGUGCCUGUGUUGAAAGGCGACGAGGUUAGUCUGUUGGCUGUCGAAGGAGGAGGGAAGUUGGCGUGGAAGGUGAUCGGACAGGGUAGUCAGGCGGUGUUAAAUAUCGAGGUUACCGACGCGCUCUUGGAUAAAGAGGAGUACUGUUGGGUGUUUAAGAUUGAGUACGCAUGAUGCCGUUUCGGUAGACAACACGAACCAACUUAAAUGCUAUAUAGAUGCUGAUGCUGUAUGCUGAACGCUGUAUGCUGAAUGCUAUAUGCUGUAUUCCUAUUUUGAACCUGAGAAUUGG